AUGAAGGUGCAUGGGCAGCUAGAGGUGAUGGCGCUGUCGCUGGUCGUGUCACCCAUGGCAUACCGCGCCGAUCCCACCCUCGCCUUCUUCUUGAUGUGUUCCUGCAGCUUGGCGUACGUGAUGAACAAGGUUCUGGUUUACAGGGCCCCACGGCUCUCAGCCAGGUACCUGCGAGCCCUUUUCAUUUGCUUCUACCUGGUGGUCACCCUGCUUACCGCAUGCCCAUGGAUGGCGAACACGAACAGGAAUGUGCAGAUGUUCUUGGCGGCCUGUGAGUUUUCUGCCGCCGUUUGCUUCGUCGACUGCAGGGUUCACAUUGCCGGCCAAGUCGGCAUCCUCUUGGCUGAAGGGAGUCGGCAAGUCUCUCCUGGUGGCACGGGGUGUGGCAUCGAAGCCCUCCUCAGUCAAGCAAUGGUUAGUAUGGCGGUGAGUAUGGCCUCCCUUGUUUUGGAAAGCAUCCUCCGACAGCGCUUGGAAGCAGAUCUGCAACGGGCGGACGCCGAGUCCAUCGUCGCCGGCUUCCGGGCGGUUCUGCGAGGCGUUUGUGAUGGUGAGCUCCUCUUGGAUGGAGAUCUGAAUAUCCAGGAGGGAAUGAGCUGUCUCAGCCGCCUACUCUCCACCCAGGAAGAUUUGAAAGGCAAGCCCUUUGUGGACUUGCUGGCCCGAAGCGAGCAGGAUCGAGGCUUCGAGGAAUUUGCGCACAGAGAGUCCGACAGCGGACACAGCAUUCACUGGGUGCCUGCGUGCCAACGCAUUUCCUUCAAGAAUGCCCAGAUUGGGCAUAUCGGCGUGGACGCGUUCCAUGUGCCCUUACCGCACCUCCAUGGCUGCGAUGUCGCCUAUCACCUCGUGGUUUUGAAGCUGGACCCGGAGUAUCCCAUCCAUGCAGCUUCCCAAGUCGCACCGCCAUUGGACCUGGCACCGGGCCCACUUGAAGGACAGCUCGCCUCAGCCACGUCUGACCCGUCGGAGUCCAUCAAGAGUUUUUCAGGCCUCCGCGAGAUCCUUUUUCUGGUCAACCAGAAUGCGCGGAUGGACGUCCGACAGGUCCACCUGAACUACAAGGAGGCUGCGGAGAGCCAGGGCUCCCAAGAUCCCGGCCUCACGCUGCAGAAGCUGAUCCAGCCCAGCGACUGGUCGACCGUACGCUCUUGCGUGCAGUCUUUCGGCCGGGUUCCGGAGGAGCGGAUGCCCAGCAUUUCCGUCCGCAUGAUCGAUCGCCCGACGGAGUGGCCAGCAAUGAAGUUCCUGGUGCUUUGGUAG